GCCCUCAUCUCCACAAUUGCCCCCAAUCUUCACUCUUCCUGCAACUGACCGCCAAAAUCCCUAGAAUUUUGGUUCUCAAUUCUUUACAUGAUCAUAGUAAGCUCAAUUCAGCUUACAGAAUGGCCAGAAACAACAACAGCAACAAGGAAGUGCCAAACACAGCUCCGGACCCAGAUCGCUGGUACGACAUAACCUUAGGCCCCUCCUUCAAAGAACACAACAAUCAUCCCUCUCCCAAGUUCUGCACUUUGCGUUAUGAAUUUAAACCAGCUUCAAUUGAUAAAAGUCAACCAGGAUCACUCCACAAGGGAAAAAAUAACAAGGUUACUGUAGAGUAUCACAACAACCAGUAUGGAAAACCCAAAGUCACCUUUGAGGGUGUAAGUGAGGAUUACAAGGAAAAUGAUGCUGUUUUGUUCUUUGAUGGUGAGACCUUUUGCUUGGAGCGGUUGCAUCGUGCAGUGAAGAGGUUGAGGCAUGUUCGGCUACCUGGUGAAUCUGCAGCUGCCAUGGCGUCAGCUACAUUAGUUUCACCAGCAGUUGAAACCUAUUCACCACCAGUUAGUAAAGUAACAAAUCAACAGUCUUCGAACAAGGUUGUGGCUCAUCAAGUGCAAGUGCAGGUGGAGCAGGUUGGCAUUGGUGACUCAGAGAACUCUGGUGCAGAAUCUACGGAGCAGAAAACUCUGGAGCAUCCAUCACAUCUUCCUAAUCCAUCGGACAUGUCGCCUGACGUUAAGGAUUAUGAACCUGAGGAGCAUUUAGACAUAGUCAAUGAUCAUGAUGAUGGUUGUGGGACAACCAACAGAGACAAUAAUUCUGCAAAGGGAUCAGGCACAUUUCUUGACAUUGAUAUUAACCUGCCACAUCAGGUUGACACGGAUGAUGAGAUAGCUGAUGUUGAUAUCAGUGAUGACGACGCUGACAAGGGCCCUAACGCUGCAGAAGCCCUUAGGGCUCAGGUCAAUGCAGAAGUGAUGAAGGAGCAAGCCUCAAGCUCAAGCACUAGCAGUGGAACUGACAGCAGCACAAGUGAGAAUGGUAGUGGUAGUGGAAGUGGAAGCGGAAGUGGAAGCAGUAGUAGUAGUGAUAGUGAAAGCAGUGACAGUGACUCAGUCACCUCCAUCUGAAAGAGCCAUUUUGGUUCACUUAGAUGCUGAGUUUAAUGAUCUGGCUGACAUGAUGUAGUUUAGGGCUUGUAUUUAGCAUUCAGAUUGGAGAAAAGGGUAGAAUUACUGAAAUUAGUCACUCAUUGCUUGUGUAAUACGAAAUCUUGAGCCAAAUGCACCAAAUGAUCGUACAGAUUUAGCUUAAGAUUUUAGCUUCCAUUUUUAAAUCCAGUUUGAUCAA